GGGGGGUGGUGGGGGGGCCAGAGCCACAGGAUGGCUUCCCCUCUGAGGGACGAGGAGGAGGAGGAGGAGGAGAUGGUGGUGUCGGAGGAGGAAGAAGAGGAGGAAGAAGAGGGCGACGAGGAGGAGGAGGAGGUGGAGGCGGCCGACGAGGACGAUGAGGAGGAGGACGACGAGGGAGUACUCGGGCGCGGGCCGGGCCACUACCGGGGCCGCGACCGCCACAGCCCCCCCGGCUGCCACCUCUUCCCGCCGCCGCCGCCGCCGCCGCCGCCGCUGCCCCCGCCGCUGCCGCCCCCGCCGCCAGAUAAGGAUGACAUUCGGCUGCUGUCUUCCGCAUUGGGUGUAAAGAAAAGAAAGCGAGGACCCAAGAAGCAGAAGGAGAACAAGCCAGGCAAACCGAGGAAACGCAAGAAACUUGACAGUGAGGAGGAAUUUGGCUCAGAGCGCGAUGAAUACCGGGAAAAGUCAGAGAGCGGAGGUAGUGAAUAUGGAGCCGGACCAGGGCGCAAACGAAGACGGAAGCACCGAGAAAAAAAGGAGAAGAAGACAAAGCGGAGGAAAAAGGGGGAGGGCGACGGUGUGCAAAAGCAGGUGGAGCAGAAGUCCUCGGCAGCCCUGCUUCUGACCUGGGGCCUGGAGGAUGUAGAGCACGUGUUCUCCGAGGAGGAUUACCACACCCUCACCAACUACAAAGCCUUCAGCCAGUUCAUGAGGCCCCUGAUUGCUAAGAAGAACCCUAAGAUCCCAAUGUCUAAGAUGAUGACCAUCCUUGGGGCCAAGUGGAGAGAGUUCAGCGCUAACAACCCCUUCAAAGGGUCAGCAGCUGCUGUGGCAGCGGCGGCAGCAGCAGCAGCAGCAGCUGUAGCCGAGCAGGUGUCAGCUGCUGUCUCACCGGCCACCCCCAUAGCACCUUCUGGACCCCCUGCCCUUCCACCACCCCCUGCUGCUGAUAUACAGCCCCCACCCAUCCGAAGAGCCAAAACCAAAGAGGGCAAAGGUCCAGGCCACAAGAGGCGCAAUAAGAGCCCCCGAGUGCCUGAUGGCCGCAAGAAACUUCGGGGAAAGAAGAUGGCACCCCUCAAAAUCAAACUAGGGCUGCUUGGUGGCAAGAGGAAGAAGGCAGGCUCGCCACGGGGCUGUGGGCAGUAUGUUUUUCAGAGCGAUGAGGGUCCUGAGCCAGAGGCUGAGGAGUCAGACUUGGAUAGUGGCAGUGUCCACAGUGCUUCCGGUCGGCCCGAUGGCCCCGUCCGAGCCAAGAAACUAAAGAGAGGCCGGCCGGGAAGGAAGAAGAAGAAGGUCCUGGGCUGUCCUGCAGUGGCCGGGGAGGAGGAGGUUGAUGGCUACGAGACGGAUCACCAGGAUUACUGUGAGGUGUGCCAGCAGGGUGGGGAAAUUAUCCUGUGUGACACCUGCCCUCGUGCCUACCACCUCGUCUGCCUUGAUCCUGAGCUCGACCGGGCUCCUGAGGGCAAGUGGAGCUGCCCCCACUGCGAGAAGGAGGGUGUACAGUGGGAAGCCAAGGAGGAGGACGAAGAAUAUGAAGAGGAAGGAGAGGAAGAAGGGGAGAAGGAGGAAGAGGAUGACCACAUGGAGUACUGCCGUGUGUGCAAGGACGGCGGGGAGCUCCUGUGCUGUGACGCGUGCAUCUCCUCCUACCACAUUCAUUGCCUGAACCCUCCCCUGCCUGACAUCCCCAACGGUGAAUGGCUGUGUCCCCGAUGCACAUGUCCAGUACUGAAGGGUCGUGUGCAGAAGAUCUUGCACUGGCGCUGGGGGGAACCACCUGUGGCAGCAGCCCCCCAGCAGGCAGAUGGGAAUCCAGAUGUCCCACCUGCCCGUCCUCUUCAAGGCAGAUCAGAGCGAGAGUUCUUUGUCAAGUGGGUAGGCCUGUCCUACUGGCACUGCUCCUGGGCCAAGGAGCUGCAGUUGGAAAUAUUCCACUUGGUGAUGUACCGGAACUACCAGCGGAAGAAUGACAUGGACGAGCCCCCGCCCCUGGACUACGGUUCUGGUGAGGAUGACGGGAAGAGCGACAAGCGCAAGGUGAAAGACCCCCACUACGCUGAGAUGGAGGAGAAGUACUAUCGUUUUGGCAUCAAACCAGAGUGGAUGACUGUCCACCGGAUCAUCAACCACAGUGUGGAUAAAAAGGGAAACUACCACUAUCUUGUGAAAUGGAGGGACUUGCCCUAUGACCAGUCCACGUGGGAAGAGGAUGAAAUGAACAUCCCUGAAUAUGAAGACCAUAAGCAAAGCUACUGGAGACAUCGAGAACUAAUUAUGGGAGAAGACCCUGCCCAGCCCCGCAAGUAUAAAAAGAAGAAGAAGGAGCUGCAGGGUGAUGGACCUCCCAGUUCUCCUACUAAUGAUCCUACAGUGAAAUACGAGACUCAGCCACGGUUUAUCACAGCCACUGGAGGCACACUGCACAUGUAUCAGCUGGAAGGCCUGAAUUGGCUACGCUUCUCGUGGGCCCAGGGCACUGACACAAUUUUGGCUGAUGAGAUGGGGCUGGGCAAGACCAUCCAAACCAUCGUCUUCCUCUACUCACUCUAUAAGGAGGGCCACACGAAAGGUCCCUUCCUGGUGAGUGCCCCGCUGUCUACCAUCAUUAAUUGGGAGCGGGAGUUCCAGAUGUGGGCACCCAAGUUCUACGUGGUGACAUACACAGGCGAUAAGGAUAGCCGCGCCAUCAUUCGUGAAAACGAGUUCUCCUUUGAGGACAAUGCUAUCAAAGGUGGCAAGAAAGCUUUUAAGAUGAAGAGGGAGGCACAGGUGAAGUUCCACGUUCUCCUGACAUCAUAUGAGUUGAUCACCAUUGAUCAAGCAGCGCUUGGUUCCAUCCGGUGGGCCUGCCUUGUGGUGGAUGAAGCCCAUCGACUGAAGAACAACCAGUCAAAGUUUUUCAGGGUUCUCAAUGGCUACAAGAUAGAUCAUAAAUUGCUGCUGACAGGGACUCCACUACAGAAUAAUCUGGAGGAGCUCUUCCAUCUGCUGAACUUCCUCACGCCGGAGAGGUUUAACAACUUGGAAGGUUUCCUGGAGGAAUUUGCUGACAUAUCCAAGGAGGACCAGAUUAAGAAAUUGCAUGAUUUGCUGGGGCCACACAUGCUGCGGAGGCUCAAGGCGGAUGUCUUUAAGAACAUGCCAGCCAAGACCGAGCUCAUUGUUCGAGUGGAGCUGAGCCCAAUGCAAAAGAAAUACUACAAAUACAUCCUGACUCGAAAUUUUGAAGCCUUGAAUUCACGAGGCGGUGGGAACCAAGUGUCACUGCUUAAUAUCAUGAUGGAUCUUAAGAAAUGCUGCAACCACCCAUACCUCUUUCCUGUGGCUGCUAUGGAGUCCCCAAAACUCCCCAGUGGGGCUUAUGAGGGUGGAGCGCUGAUUAAGUCAUCAGGGAAGCUCAUGCUGCUGCAGAAGAUGCUGAGGAAGCUGAAGGAGCAGGGCCACAGAGUGCUCAUUUUCUCCCAGAUGACCAAAAUGUUAGACUUGCUGGAGGACUUCUUAGACUAUGAAGGCUACAAGUAUGAGCGCAUUGAUGGUGGCAUCACUGGUGCCCUGAGGCAGGAGGCCAUUGAUCGGUUCAAUGCUCCUGGGGCUCAACAGUUCUGCUUCCUUCUGUCUACCCGGGCUGGGGGCCUGGGUAUCAAUCUGGCUACUGCUGAUACUGUCAUCAUCUUUGAUUCUGACUGGAACCCCCAUAAUGACAUCCAGGCCUUCAGUCGGGCCCACCGAAUUGGCCAGGCCAACAAAGUGAUGAUUUAUCGGUUUGUGACCCGUGCGUCUGUGGAAGAGAGGAUUACACAGGUGGCCAAGAGAAAGAUGAUGCUGACACACCUGGUUGUGCGGCCGGGGCUGGGCUCCAAGGCAGGCUCCAUGUCCAAGCAGGAGCUUGAUGACAUCCUCAAAUUUGGCACUGAGGAGCUGUUCAAGGAUGAGAAUGAGGGAGAGAACAAGGAAGAGGACAGCAGUGUGAUUCACUAUGACAAUGAGGCCAUCGCUCGGCUGCUAGACCGGAACCAGGAUGCAACCGAGGACACUGAUGUGCAGAACAUGAACGAGUAUCUCAGCUCUUUCAAAGUGGCACAGUAUGUUGUGCGGGAAGAAGACAAGAUUGAGGAGAUAGAGCGAGAGAUCAUCAAGCAGGAAGAAAACGUGGAUCCUGACUACUGGGAGAAGCUGCUGAGACAUCAUUAUGAACAGCAGCAGGAAGACCUCGCCCGGAACCUAGGCAAGGGCAAGCGAGUCCGCAAGCAAGUCAACUACAAUGAUGCUGCCCAAGAGGACCAAGAUAACCAGUCCGAAUACUCUGUGGGUUCAGAGGAAGAAGAUGAAGACUUUGACGAGCGUCCUGAAGGGCGUCGACAGUCCAAAAGGCAGCUCCGAAAUGAGAAGGAUAAGCCGCUGCCUCCACUGCUGGCUCGAGUUGGGGGCAACAUAGAGGUGCUGGGAUUCAACACCCGCCAGCGGAAGGCCUUCCUCAACGCCGUGAUGCGCUGGGGGAUGCCCCCACAGGACGCCUUCACCACGCAGUGGCUGGUGCGGGACCUGAGGGGCAAGACCGAGAAGGAGUUUAAGGCAUAUGUAUCUUUGUUUAUGCGCCAUCUCUGUGAGCCUGGGGCCGACGGCUCUGAAACCUUUGCUGAUGGGGUCCCUCGGGAGGGCCUGAGUCGCCAGCAGGUGCUGACCCGCAUCGGAGUCAUGUCUCUCGUCAAGAAGAAGGUGCAGGAGUUUGAGCACAUCAAUGGGCGCUGGUCAAUGCCAGAGUUGAUGCCUGACCCCAGUGCAGACUCCAAGCGCUCCUCCAGAGCCUCCUCUCCCACCAAAACAUCUCCCACCACUCCCGAGGCUUCAGCUACCAACAGUCCUUGCACCUCUAAACCUGCUACCCCUGCGCCAAGUGAGAAAGGAGAUGGCAUAAGGGUGCCUGCUGAGAAGGAUGAAGCCGAAAACCAUGAUGAGAAGUCAGAGAAGAACAGCAGAACUGGAGAGAGGAUGGAAGCAGAGGCCGACGUCCCCAGCCCAGCCCCAUCACUCGGGGAGCAGCUGGAGCCAAGGAAGAUUCCUUCAGAGGAUGAAGUGUCAGGGUUACCUGGAGAGACGGAGCCCGAACCUGGGUACCGAGGGGACAGAGAGAAGUCAGCCACAGAGUCGAUGCCAGGAGAAAGGGGGGAGGAGAAGCCGUUGGAUGGACAGGAACACAGGGAGAGGCCGGAGGGGGAAACGGGGGAUUUGGGCAAGAGAGCAGAUGUAAAAGGGGACCGGGAGCUUCGACCUGGGCCUCCUAGAGAUGAGCCACGCUCCAACGGGCGCCGUGAGGAGAAGGUGGAGAAGCCCCGGUUCAUGUUCAAUAUUGCUGAUGGUGGUUUCACAGAGCUUCACACCCUGUGGCAGAAUGAGGAACGGGCAGCCAUUUCCUCAGGGAAACUCAAUGAGAUUUGGCACCGAAGACAUGACUAUUGGCUGCUGGCAGGGAUUGUCCUCCACGGCUAUGCACGGUGGCAGGACAUCCAGAAUGAUGCGCAGUUUGCCAUUAUCAACGAGCCAUUUAAAACUGAAGCCAACAAGGGGAAUUUUCUGGAGAUGAAAAAUAAGUUCCUGGCCCGGAGGUUCAAGCUCCUGGAGCAGGCGCUGGUGAUUGAGGAGCAGCUGCGGCGGGCGGCCUACCUGAACCUGUCACAGGAGCCGGCGCACCCCGCCAUGGCCCUCCACGCCCGCUUCGCCGAGGCCGAGUGCCUGGCCGAGAGCCACCAGCACCUCUCCAAGGAGUCGCUGGCGGGGAACAAGCCGGCCAACGCUGUCCUGCACAAGGGUAAGGGCCGCGGUGGCCCCGCGCGGGGGAGGGCCCACAACACUGCUUCUGAACCAGCUGGAGGAGUUGCUGAGCGACAUGAAGGCGGACGUGACCCGCCUGCCAGCCACGCUGUCCCGAAUACCCCCCAUCGCAGCCCGCCUUCAGAUGUCCGAGCGCAGCAUCCUCAGCCGGCUGGCCAGCAAGGGCACGGAGCCUCACCCCACACCGGCCUUUCCCCCGGGUCCCUACGCCACACCUCCGGGGUACGGGGCGGCCUUCAGCGCCGCACCCGUAGGGGCCCUGGCCGCCGCAGGCGCCAAUUACAGCCAGAUGCCGGCAGGGUCCUUCAUAACAGCCGCCACCAACGGCCCUCCAGUGCUGGUGAAGAAGGAGAAGGAAAUGGUGGGGGCACUGGUGUCAGACGGGCUGGAUCGGAAGGAGCCCAGAGCCGGGGAGGUGAUCUGUAUAGACGAUUGACUGGGUCCCAGGCGUGCUCUUCACCCAGGCCCCGAUCCCGAGGCCGACCCCCUGCCCAGGCCCUGGGGCCUGCCGCCAACCCUCCACCUUCCCCACCUGCUGGGCCACCGCUGGGCUAGGUGCCCUUCCGCCCCUCUAUCACUCUAUCUCCAAGAAGGGCCCCCCGUCUUUCUCCACCCUCGUGCACCUUUCCCACCAAGCUCUGAAGACUGCUGGCGUGAGGAGGUGCGGAGUGGGAUGGUUAGCAGGGUCUCAGAUACCUUUAUCCCCCACUGCCAGCUAUACACAGCUUCCCAAUAAACGGUUGUGGGGAGGAAGAGGUGGAGCCUCCCUGGUCUCUUUCUCUACACCGCUAGCUCCUCCUCCCGCAGCAGAGGGUACCCGCCAUGCCUGGCCUUUCGAGAGACUUUCAUGGGGAGGAGUUUCAGAGAGGGGGACUUUGAGAGAGGAUGAACACGAGCCCCUGGGAGGGAGAAGGGAAGAGGAGGGGUGGCCGCAUGUCACUUCCCCCUCUCCCCACAUGGAGGGUGGAGCAGCUACAAGGAGGAAGGCAGCUGCUGUUCAGCCUCCCAAUAAAGGCGCCAUUUACUCGCUACCCAGUUAUCUCCUGUGUACCAGCAUCUUGUGUUGGGGACGUUCCCUCCUCCCUAGGCACCAAGGACCACCCCCAGCAAAAAGUCAUAGUUGGAUGGUAACUCCCUCAAGCCAAAGAGGAGCUCCCCAACCUGUUCUAGGAACCCAGGUAACCUAGACAAGGCGGGAGAACUGGCCAGACCCGGGGGCAGUGCCCACACUAGGGCUCAGGUUCCUGGGGGACUGCUGCCCUCCCUCAUCCAGGCCUGGACAGACUAAACGUGAGCCAUGCAGGCAGGGGGCCUAGUCAGGGGACACUUGAUUCUGGGACCGGAGCAACACAGUGGAGGCCGGCUGGGGAGCUGUGGGCACACGCCCCUCCCUGGGGGGUAGGGAGUGGCAGUUUGCAUGGCAAACCUCCCACUUCCCCUUGGCUGCCCCUUCCCUUUCCCGCUUCCCCUUCCAGUCUCUUCACACCCACUCCUGGUCUGUCCCACCCCCUCUUCUGUAUCAGGUUUAUUGGUUGUACAUAUAAAUUAUACUUUCCUUUC